GGUUUGAAUAAAACUUAAAUAUAAAAUCCAUCUGUGAAGCAUAUUGUACAUUCACAUGGAAGGCUAAAAACUUAUUUUUAAUUAAAACUUUAUUCGGCACUCAUGGUUCACUUGGUCCUGCUUUUAUUAUGAAACACUUCAGUCAUCAUCCUAAACACAUAUGUCUUGAACAUUUCAAGAUGCUCCUUGUUGUUCGUGCAGAGCUAGUUUCUUCGGGCUGUCAGCUCACUCACGGCCAUAUGCUCCAACUGUUCAUUUUGCUUUUCUUUCUGGCAUUUAUAGAACCGACAUCUUGUAUGGAAUGCAAGUCAGUUUUAUUUCUUCCCUUUUAUGAAGCUUGUCAGGAGGUAGAAUCUCAAACUGGGAACACUGAAUACUACACUGGCAGGUUAGUCAUGCAUGAUUAUGAAGGAUGUGCCAUCCUUAAAUUCUUAAUGUGUGUAAAGUGUGACAAUAAACAUAUAGGUGACAGCUGAAUUCUUACUACAAUGAAGAUAAUACUGGUGGUAUUGGAAGCGACAUGUAUGUACAAAUUGCAACCUUAUAAUAUUGAUUAUUAAACCAAAUGCAAAUUCUAGGUGGGAGAUGGGGAAAGGAAGCACAAAAACCAGAUCUGCCCUUUAUUUUCAACUGCGCAGCAUCUUGUUCUUACCUGAAAGUCUUUUUUAUCCAUACCAUGCAACUGAACGUUGAGACUGUCAUAUCUCAAGGUAGGUACAGUCAGAGAUGAACCAGUUUAUACACUGAUGUUUAUAUUAAUUCUGAAUUGGCAAAAGGAACAAUAGCUAAUGGCAUGAAAAGUUUAUUUUGCCUUUAACGAAAAUUACCAGUCAAAAUAGAAUAUGUACCUACUAUAAUGUAAAGUUCCCAAUAUCUGAAUUUUUCACAGUUCUAGUUAUACUUUGUUCUUUUAAUUGUAUUGACUAGAAUACCUUCUAAAUUUGACAUAUAUUUCCUAAUUGCCUUGAACAUACUGAGUUUAUUUUGCUCUUCAGCUUUAGUAAAUUACAAUUAAAAAUAAAAAUUGUACAUGUGUAAGGUAUACAGUGUGAUGUUUUAAUACUUGUGUACCUGGGAGGAUUCUGGCUUAAUAAUAUAAAGAUCAGUUAUUGUAUCAUUGAGGCAAUGGGAGAAUUUAGGUCUGCAAUCACUGCCGCCUCCAUGCUAGUACGUGUUAGUUUGAUUGUUUUAUUGCAUUUUGGCUUUUUCUGGCUGACAAUUGGCACAUAUUACUUCAGAAUUUCUUUUUCCUCUUCAAAUUUUGUAGUUAUGUCACAUGGUACACAUGUAGCAAAUUACCAAUCUGAUACAAUAUGAUUUAUGUAUUUUUCUAUCUUACAUCAGCAUAGGAGGUACAGUGUGAUACAGUAAAGCCAUGGAUUUGGUCAAAUCCAUCUUAUUUGAGUUCGACAUGAGUUAGCUAUAAAGUGCUGAAUUAGACUGUGACUCUGUUUUGUCAUCUGCAAAGGAAAAUAUAAUGCUUAACUCCAGGACAGCUGUGUUGCACCACUGUGGUCAUAUUGUAUGCUGAGGCCGUUUCAUGUGGAUUGGGAGAAGUAAACCUAUAUGCACUGUGCAUAUGUAAAAUACAAAUAAUCCACAAUACACACACUCCCACACCAUGUAGUCCAGUGGCUGGCACAUAGUAAGUGCCCAGGGAAUAUUGGUUACUAUUAAUCAAUUAGCUAUAAUUAUAAAGAUUGUAUUUAUUCAAAAUUCACUUUAAUUAUAAAAGUUUAGGCACCUUUAUCCUUGGUAAGCAAUACAUGCUUCUGAGAUUAUUUUGAAUAGAACAGGAUAUAGUUUAAUUUACAUGGCUUCAAAAUUUGUGUAGGAAGUUUAUAAAAACACAACUAAAGAAGAAUAAAACAAUUUAAAAUCACCUUAAGACAAUACUAAAUAAAAAACUACUAAAUAAAAUACUACUAAAUAAAAAACUUUUCCCCAAUCUUGGGUCUCUCCUGUUGUAAAGAAUAUCCAAAUAUAUUUAUUUUCAUUAAUAGAAUCUCUUUUGUGACCAUACAGUGAUUCCACUAGACAUAUAUUCCAGCAACUUUAUGACCCUGACUCUAACUCUAAAUCCUUACCCUUAACCCUAACCACACUCUAAUCCUUAUUCUAUCCUUGAUCCUCACCGUACUUCUGAUGUUCAUCCUAAUCCCUAGACCUACCACUCACACUCAUACUAAAACUAAACCCGAAACAUAUCUGCAAAUCAUAACACUAUAAUUUAUUCAUAAUCCCAAAAACUUAACACCAAACUCAUCACCAACACUGACUUAACUCACACAUGAACCCCAAGUGCAACCUUAACCCUAACCCCUAUCUUAACCCAAAAGCCUAACCUAAAAUAACCCUAAUAUUCUAACCUAACCCUAACCACGAACAACAAAGGUAACCUAAACCUGAAUCCUGAACACUAUGAUGCUCUUAAAGCCUAACACUAACCCUAACCUUAAUCCUCAUUCUAACUCUUGAACUAACUCUAAACCCAACACUCACUCUUACCCUAUCCCAAAACUCACCUGAAUCCUUAAAAUAACCCUGCCACUUACAUCCUCAGCAUCUGUCCCUAAAAACCUAACAUUACAUUUUCUCACACUCCAAUAAAAUUUUCUACACAACGUGCUUAGUGAUGAAAAUAAUAUGUGACAUGACCACUAACCAAAACACUAGCACUAAAAUUAGCAGGGAACAAAACCUAAUACAUCUAGCCCCAAGACUCACACAUGAUAAAGGACCCUAACUCUGAACUUAACAUAAAAAAUGUCAACCUAACCAGGUGCUAGUUUCCUAAACCAACCUGAUGUGAUAACCAUUCAAUCCUAAUUCAAGGACAUGCCCUGAUGCUCACUCUAAAGCUAACCAGAGCCCUAGAAUUCACACUGGCCCUCAGCUGAAACCUUCACCCAAAACGAAUUUUAAUCUAUGGGCUGAGCCCCACAGCCGCUUCUUUAAUACGAAGAAGGAGGGCCUGGUACUUCAUGAGCUGUCUCUACCCAGGAGAAGAUGGGGUCUACACAAAGACAAUAGUGCAAGAUACGUUGGGUUUGGGUGUUUCCCGUUUGGCAACUAGCAGGUUGGGAAGGGUCAUCCAUCAGUUGCAGGGGACAUGGGAGAAGCAGGUAGGGGAGGGGAACACGAGGAAGUGACCUCACUUCCUUGACAACACGCCUAACAGAACCUAGAACUCUCGAGGCUGGUUCAUUACAGUUACUGGUAGAGAGAGAACAGUCAGGACGAUGUUUUCUUGCUGUUUCCCAAAACGCCUAGGCUCAGGCCACAAGAGUUGGUGGAAAGAGGGUCUUAUUCGAAGGCUGAGAGGCUCAGGCAGUCGUCAGCCCCAGAGCCUGGAGCACACCGACCCCAGAACUCCCAAGAUGAUACAGGAGAGCACCCAACAGGCCUCAAAGAAGUCCAGCCCAAAGCUGGAGGAUGCUGGCAAGGUGAGGAGCAUGGAGCCAGACAUGCUGAAGAAGCUGGUGGACAACCUGGUGCCCGCCCAUCUGCGCGGGUACCCAUUCUUUGUGCCUGCCUUCCUGGCCAUCUACAGGAGGUUCGCCACCCCGCGGCAGGUGCUGGAUCUGCUGUUCCUCAGGUACCCCUCCUUCCUUCCGAACUCUGAAGAGGACCAGCAGAACAAGAGGGCUCUGAGCUCCAUCCUGGAGACUUGGCUGCUCCACUACCCAGGAGACUUUUGCCAGUGCCCAGACACGGCCAACCUCAAGCAGCUCGUGGCCUAUGCACUCCUGAAUCUUACAGACUCGGACAUCAUCCGGCAUUUGUGCACACUCUCGGCUCAAUUUAGAGUCCGCUAAGAGAGAUCUCAUCUCAGAUGACAAUUCAGACCACCUCACCUUGGAGGACUCCAAUUGCACAUCUCCUUGCCUCACCUGGAAAUGUUGCCUUUUGGAUUUUUUCUGGUUUCAUGUAUCUGUAGUUAUUUUCUGUAAACAUUAAUAAAAUUUUAUUGUAACAUAAAAUAGAA